AUGCAAGGAUCGCGGAUGCUACUCAUGCUGGCCAGUGCGGUGUCAUUCGCAUGCGGGUCUAUGGUGAUUGCGCUGCUCGCACAGAUCAGGUCGAUUACAGGUGCCCUGACCGUUAUUGUGUGUGCGACGUACUUGUAUGGUAUAGCCGCUUUUUUGAGUGCAGUGUGCGGUGCGAAGCUCGCGGCGCUGAAUGGUUCUGGGCUACUGGUGUCGUUCUCCUUGGAGAUGAUAACGCUGUGGGCGUCGGUGUAUGUGUUUCACAGGACUAACCAGGCGAGUUUCAUGGCCGCUAUCAACCACAGCUCUCAGCGGGUGCUGACCUCUUUCCAGUCGUUAUUGGUAUUGAAAUUGCUAGUGAGCGGGCUGAGCAUCGGCGCGCAAAUCAAUAAGCAGCAACCACCAAUUGGUGAUCAAGAAAACUUACCGCUGGAAGACAGUACUAAAUUGGUCAGCGACCCAGAAAAAUUUAUACCGAUGAAAAACUCUGCACAGACUUUGACACCGGGCAUGGAGAUAACCACAAAUGUCCCUACGAGAGACGCAAACCAAAACUUGGAUGGCAGAAAUGCACUUAAUAGCGUCACUGUAGUGACGGACCCGAAUGUAACUCGGACAAGGUACGACUCAAGCGCACUUUCUGGCGGGUCUGUGAUAAGACAUCCUUUAGUGAAUAUAGCCAACUUAAACAAUACAUCCGAGACACAAAUGACAAAGAGAAGACGGAAGAGAUUGCUACGACAAUUCAAGACUUUGCAUGUGAGAUUUAAAGGCAGGAAAACAGUACCCAAAGCAUUACCACUCCAAGUAGAAAAUGACUCACAAACAGAUUUGCAUACCACAAAUAAAAGAGGAACAAUCCUCUCCGACAUAUCUGGUCUUUCCAAGGGACUCAUACCCUUUGUAGGUAAUAAUUCGGACAAGGAGUCCAAGCAUGAAAAUAGCUCAUACUCAUUAAUACUGGAUCUUGCUCAUAAUCGGAAUGAGCAACUAUCAAUCCAAAAUUCACCACAGAUGGAAGUGGAAAGAAGUGCAAUUGGAAGAUUUGAUAAUAUGCUACUGCCGCCUUACCUACGGAUCAACCCAAGUGCUCCAAAAACUCCUGAAGUCAACUCAGAUCAUGUAAAUCUUUUAGACAUUCCUCAUCCACAAGAAGAGAUGCUAAUGAAGACUUCAUCGAAUCAUUCUAAUGUCCUGGACGAAUUUGAUCUCCAUACAAUCGAAGGGCCAAAUGAUAAUGUUUUUGCUCAUGAUGACUAUCCAACUACCGAACAUGUCAAUUAUCCUAGUCAUAUUUCUCUGGAGAUGUGGGAAAAAAAUAAAGAAGAUUAUCUAAAUACCUCGCGAACAAAGUCAAAGAGUUUACUACUGCCAAUAUUUACACAGGACAGUUUCAUGGACUCAUCCAAUAUAAAUUUGAAAAAGUUGGAAACAUUACAAGAAAGCGAAAAUAAUAGUCAGCUUGUAGGUCUAGGAAUAAAUACAUCAUCAGGAUUUAGUUUCCCAUCUAAGGAUACAGUCGAGUCUGAAGAUAAGUUAUAUAUGGCACCUAUUAGUGGAUCUAACGAGGAGUCAAUAGUGGAAACACCUAUCAGUCCCAACAAGGUAAGUAAUGAGUUUUACAAUAAUGACGAUGCCAUUAGUGCCCUUGAUGAAUACCUAAAAGAAGAAGAGCAUCAAGAAAACAUUGAUGAUAGCAUUAUGGAAGAAAGUUUGAACCAGAAUCUUUCAUCAUCAUUCAUUCUGGACUCCUAUGGUAACAAUGAAGUUCUAGCCAGACAUUCACCAACUAAAUCAGUCAUAUCUAUCAUGAGCGGCAAUACUAGCCUAAAUCACAAGCGCUCUUACAGUAAAAUUGCAAGUUUCCUGGGACAUUCGAGGGGGAAUUCUUUGGUUACACAAACAAGACUACCCAACAACUCAAUUCACUCAUCACCAACUAAAUCAGAAAGAAGACAGAGACUAAGCCAAAAAUUAUCAUUUUCUAAUCUAUCAGAUUUCGGAUCACCAACCAAAUGGGAAAAUAAGAACUCUAACCAGAAGUAUAACAAUAGUAUUGGGCAUAAGCUGAAUAAGAGUAUAGAUUUCAGUUACAUCCACUCCUUACAAGGUAACGAUGGAAAUUCACCAACUAAAAACAAUAUCAGGAGACAUAGCACUAUCUGGGAUCAAAUGACUCAGGACCAACGACGCCAUAGUGUAGCCACUGAUGUUAUGUAUGACUUUCCUUCAAACCAAAACAGUAAAUCAAGCUUUCAAGUUCACAACAUCAACACAACAAGAUUUGAAGUGAAUAUUCCUAAUCCCGAGCUCCGUGAGGUUAGCGGAGGUACAAUUGAGACUUCGCUUUCAGACGAAACCGAAAGAUACCCAGAACAGGCAAUGAGUGAAUAUGAUAAAGAAAAAUGGAAUACAUUAAAUGAACCUGUUCCCAAUAUUUAA